AUGGAAGCUGAAAGGUACUCUGCAAAGUUCAAAACCCAGCUAUGCAUAAAAUUCAUGCAAGGAACUUGUGCUCAUGGAGCAAAUUGCAACUAUGCACAUGGCUACUCUGAAAUCAGAGAAACACCAAGACUCUGCAGAAUGUUCUCAAGCAACAGACAUUGCAACUUUGGAAACAACUGUCGUUUCAUCCAUUCAACUCCUCAUCAUCAUGAUUCUGCUAUCAUCAACAUCACUCCACAACAACAACAAGGGACAGUGCAGAAUGCAGGAUGCAGGACCAUGCAAACUGCUGGUCCUCCUGCUGCAAUUAACUUUGGUUCGUCUUCUGCACAAAACAAGAUGGUGCAAACUUCUACUGUUCCUGCUACAAAUGAUCCAGCUAGCAGUAGCACCGUGCCCACAACCAAGUUGCAUAAGAAUGGACCCUAUGCUGGUAUAUCCAAGUUCGACAAAACGGUCAUGCAAAAGGUCAUUGGUAAAUAUGCUGAUUGGAUUUAA